AUGACUUCCACAUCCUCGUCGACACAUACUUCAUUAAUAUUUGAAACAAAAUGGCAUUCAACAGCAACAACAUCGUAUAUUCUUCAUCAACGUCCAUCUUAUCCACUAUCUGAUAUAUCAACAAAUUGCACAACAAUGAAAAUAUCUUCAUCGACUAAAAUUCUAUCUUCAAAUAAAUUUCAAACGUCAGAUGGUAGUAGUACUGAAAGUGAUGAAUGUGAAACAGGUGAUUUAUCUAGUGAUGAAUAUCCAACACAAUUGAAAGAAAAUUAUGAUAAUGAAAUGUCAGAUAUUGCAUUGUUUCUAAAUGAUCGAAGGCAAAUAGCAGUUGGUGCUGCUCCAUCAGAAAAUUCUGUAAGACGUUUUCCUCAUCGUCCCUCUUCAUUAUCCCAUAUUCAAAAAUAUUCUUCUCCAUCCAAAUCCAAACUUUCUUUAACCGAUCACGCGAAAUCGUUAAUCAAAAACAAGGUUAUACUUCAGAAACAACGAAGUAUUCAACGUAUACAAUUAUAUGAAGAUUUAAAAAAGCUUAAUCACAGACGAAUUCAAGUUAUUGAUGAAUUGAUUAAUUUGGAUGAACUGCAUGAACAGAAAGUUAAACAAUUAUCAGAAAUUUUGUAG